AUGGGGGAUGCAGAGAGUCAGGUCCUUGCAGUACCUAAAUUCUACACUGCUAAAUUCUCUGAGAUACACAGGCAGAUUAAUUAUUCACUUGAAUUCCUUGUGGAUAAUCCCACUCCCACACCAUAUUGUGAUCUUGCCAAUAUCAACAAUACUAGUACUUCUAAGAAAGGAAAUAAUUCUUUAAUAAAAGCAUUACUGAUUUGCUAAGACAAAAAUUCCACAUGGCAGAGAGACAUGGAAGACAGGUUUAUUGUGCUGGACAACCAUGAAAGUAGGUCAGAUACAUGCUUUCUGGAGAUUCUUGAUGGCUGUCAUGGUGUGACAGCUACAGAAACAAUUGUAGCCAAGUUUCCACUUUUAUUUCUUGAACAGCUUUCUCACAUAGAUUCCUCCUACAAAAAUAAAAACAACAAAGAGCAAAUUCUAGAAUUUUUUGCCACAGUAAUCAAGGCAGAUUACAGGGAAAAAGAAAAAAAACCAGACAAUGAGGAGACCAACAAGACCAGUCUUGUCAUGAAAGUGUACCAUGAAAGUGUAUGCCAAGUCCUUUUGAAGAACGCAGAUUUUUACAGCUGGAGGAAUGAGCUUUCCAAAGUUCACUGCAGUGGCUGUUCUGUGGUAAAAAUAAUUCCUAGUGAAGAGAUGGAUGGCACUGGGGAAGAAGAAAGAAAACAUUCUGAAAACAACACACAUAGUCCAUUAGCCAGGACAGCUAAAGGUGUUGCUGGGCUACUGCACAUUGCUAUUAUAGAGAAAACACUUCAGAAUGGUGGAAACAUCAGCACUAAUAAACGAUUAGUAGAGGGAUACCUGAGAACUACAAGGGCUCUUGGAUAUCACAGACCACCACUGGAAGAAAAAAGGGACUCUAUUUUGUGGCAAACUGCAGGUGAUGUUGGUCAAGAACUCCUAGAGACUCCAGCACCAUUGGGUUCUAAACCAUCAUCACAGUUUGAAAGACACAAAAAUGUACCCAACCACUUGCAAAUCACGAGCUGCAGAAGAGACACAGUCAGCUCAGAGACACUGCAAGGCAACGUCACCUUGUGA